CAAAAAGACAAAAGUAAAGAAAAAAAAGAUGGUGGCAUCCUCAUCUCGCAACGUCAAACCACAAGUGUUCAUCAAUUUCCGAGGAGCAGACCUGCGUAGCACCUUUGCCCCCUAUCUUCAUGGAGUCUUGCACAGAAAUGGGAUCAAUGCUUUUAUAGACGAUGACUUGAGACCAGGUGAGGAUCUUAAAAAUCUUUUUGAAAGGAUUGAGGAGUCCACGGUGGCGGUGGCGAUCAUAUCCAGUAAGUACACGGAGUCAGAUUGGUGUUUGGACGAGCUGGUGAAGAUAAAAGAGUGUGUGGAUCGACGCACUCUCUGGGUUAUUCCAAUAUUCUAUAAGUUAAAGACAUCCACUGUGAGGAAUCUGGAGGGUAGUUUUGGUCUUCAGCUAUGGGAGCUGUGGAGAAAAGAAAAUCAUUGUAAGCGAGACGACCGGAUCCUUAAGUGGGAUGCAGCUUUGCAGGACGUUAGCAGCAAGAAAGCGUUGCGAUUUUUAGAAAACAGUAACGAAGCGACUUUCGUGGAUGAUAUAGCAAAACAUAUCCAGAAUUUUCUAAGCGAAGAUAAACAGCUAAGAGAAGAAAAUCCUAAACCCCAAGGAAAAGGAGAAGAAAACGUUAAACCCCAAGGAAGAAGAGGAGACAACCCUAAUCCUGAGGAAGUCUCUAACAUAGCAUCAAGCAGUAUCAAACAAGGAAAACAAUGCCUUACGCAAUUGGAAGAAAAGCUGGAUGUUGACUGCAAUGACGAUGAAACUCGUUUUGUUGGAGUUGUUGGUAUGGCUUGAAUUGGCAAAACUUAUACUCACUCUAUUUGAUAAUAUAUGAUGUUUUGAAUUAGUGCACAAAGAUUAAUAAAUUUACAUUCUUC